AUGGCUAGCCAGCAGCAGCGCGGGCCGAGGCCGGCCCCAUACUGCUCGAAGUCACCGCCCGAGCAGCCGCUGCAGGUGAAGGUGGUGGGGCUCUUCAAAAGCUCCAGCUUUCACAUCGCGAAGAGCGCGGCCGAGAGUCUGAAGAGUAAUUAUCCAACCAAAUUUGAAGAUCCUAUAAUAGUUCCUCUUCAAGAAUUUGCAUGGGAUCAAUAUCUACAGGAGAAAAAAAGGGAACUCAAGAAUGAGAUCUGGGAGUAUUCUUCCUGCGUGAUGUGUUUUGUUAAUGAUCAGUUCCUGGGUGAUGCAUUUGAUCUUCAGAAAUGGGCUCACAAGAUGUGGGAUGUAGUUGAUUUUAAGCCCCCUGCACUUUAUGAGGCACUUACUGUGGAUUAUUCUGCUAAAUUCUUAAGAGACACCAAGCAUGGUUUUGUGUUCUUGGACAUUUCUAUUGAUUUUCAUCCAAUUGGAAGGUUGGUUUUUGAGCUAUACUAUGAUGCAUGUCCCAAAACAUGUAGAAAUUUUCAGGUCUUGUGCACAGGAAAAGCAGGGUAUUCUCAGCGUGGCAUCAAGCUACAUUACAUGGGUUCAAUUUUUCAUCGAAUAGUACAGAAUGGUUGGAUACAAGGAGGAGAUAUAGUAGCUGGAAAAGGAGAUGAUGGCGAGUCAAUUUAUGGACCAACAUUUGAAGCUGCUGUCAGAUCACCCAGACUCCUGUUUGGAGGCAGAGGCUCAGACAACGUGGGCCUUCUGUCCAGCAGGAGACGGAUCUCUUAGCUCAACUCCCUGCCUGCCCCCGGGGACAACCCCGUGCCUCCGUUGAUUAUCCCUCACUCCUACGCUCAUACUUUUGGGGAGAUUUAGUCUCCAGAUGGAGGCCUAGCUGUCCUCUGGUGCCUGGGGAGGCCCAGUGUGUUUACGGAGGCCUCCAUUACUCAGUAUGUCUGCAGGUGCAGAAUUAGAAAUUCAGCAACCCAUCAAACGAAAACGAGAGAUGCCUCUGAGGGAGAGAUGAGGACUGUGCUCAGAACAGCAAAACAUGGGUUUCCCUCUCUCUUUCACGCCCUGUGGGAUAUUUACACAUCGGACAGCCAGGCCUUCCUCUGCAUCUCUCUCAUUGAACCCUAUUACCACGAGCUGCAGAAUCAAAACCAAGGGCUUGCUAAAAAAAAAAACAAAAAAAAACACAAAACCUAAAACCACAAAACUCACUUUUAUUAAGGUUAACACAGUGAAUUUAAAAAGAAUGAAAUAAAUAAUAAUUUAACUGGA